UCUAACCUGCAUAGGUAAUGUGAACAGGAUUAGGAUAUUUCUUAUACUAUUUACUUUUUAUUAAGAUAGAAUUAUUAUUAAAUAAAGGAAGAUGGUUCAUAUUCCUACAUCGAUUGUAUGGGUAAGUGCGUUGGGUUCUAUAUCAGGAGCUGCUUACAUUAUUAAGAGUUAUUCGCAAGGAGAAUUGUAUACUGGAGAUGAAAAAUUAACUAAUAAAGUAGUCAUUGUCACCGGAGCUAAUACUGGUAUUGGAAAAGAAGUAGCACAUGAUUUAGCGAAACGAGAUGCAAAAGUUAUUAUGGCAUGUCGUGACUUAAAUAAAUGUGAGCAGGCAAGGGAAGAAAUAGUUUUUAAUACCAAAAAUAAAUAUGUUUAUUGUAGAGAAUGUGAUUUAUCAUCGCAAGAAAGCAUUCGAAAAUUUGUAACUCGUUUUAAACAAGAGCAUUCAAAUUUACAUAUUCUUAUAAAUAAUGCUGGCGUGAUGAGAUGCCCAUUAACUUAUACAAAAGAAGGAAUUGAAAUGCAAAUUGGAGUUAAUCAUAUGGGCCAUUUUCUUUUGACGAAUUUGUUACUCGACUCUAUUAAGAAAUCAGCCCCUGCACGAAUUGUAACAGUAACAAGCUUAGCUCAUCUGCGAGGAAAAAUGAACAUAUCGGAUUUGAAUAGCGAUAGCAAAUAUGAUCCUGGCGUUGCUUACGCGCAAAGUAAAUUAGCAAAUGUUCUUUUCACGGUAGAAUUAUCCAAAAGAUUAAAAGGUACUGGAGUAACUGCAAAUUCCGUACAUCCUGGUAUUGUAGAUACGGAAAUUACUAGACAUAUGGCUUAUAUUAAUAGUAAACUAAGUUUAAUUUUCUUAAAACCCUUUUUGUGGCCAUUUAUAAAGACUCCGAAAUAUGGAGCACAAUCAGUUUUAUAUACCGCCUUAAGCCCUGAAUUAGAUAAUGUAUCUGGCAAAUAUAUAAGUAAUAUGGCUGUGAGUGAAGCAUCUAAAGUUAUAAAUAGAGAAAAUGUACUCUCAUGGCUGUGGAAGACAAGUGUGUUAUGGACGAAUUUGGAAGAAACAAGUACGGAAUAAAGUAUAUAUGUAGAGACAUUUUUAUAAUAAAGUAGAUUUUAUUAAUUUAACUUUGGCUGACUGUAAAUAAAGAGCUGGAAACUUUAAAUCAAAUGGAUGUUUGUCAGUUAUAUCAUUUAGUAUUUGAUGCUGUCAAUACAAUUUUUACAGUUUCCACUCAUAAGAAUUCAUUAUUGAAUAAUAAAGUU